AUGGACCACUUUGUGUGGACCAGCGGCCUCCUGAAGAUCAAUGAGAUGCUGGUGAUCCAGCAGCGUGGGGUGCGCAUCUACGACGACGAGGAGAAGAUAAAGUUUGAUGCUGGGACUCUUCUUCUUAGUACGCACCGGCUGAUUUGGAGAGACCAGAAAAACAAUGAGUGCUGCAUGGCCAUUCCUCUGUCCCAGAGUGUGUUUAUUGAGGAACAGGCGGCUGGAAUUGGGAAGAGUGCCAAAAUCAUGGUUCAUCUGCACCCUGCUCCUUCUAACAAAGAGCCUGGUCCGUUCCAGAGCACUAAGAACUCCUACGUCAAACUGUCUUUCAAAGAGCAUGGCCAGAUUGAGUUUUACAGGCGUUUAUCAGAGGAAAUGACACAGAAGAGAUGGGAGAAUGUGCCAGUCUCCCAGUCGUUACAAACAAACAAAGGACCCCAGCCAGGAAGAGUAAGAGCUAUAGGAAUUGUAGGCAUCGAAAGGAAACUCGAAGAAAAGAGAAAAGAAACUGACAAAAACAUUUCUGAGGCCUUUGAAGACCUUAGCAAGCUAAUGAUCAAGGCUAAAGAAAUGGUGGAGUUAUCAAAAUCAAUCACUAAUAAGAUUAAAGAGAAAUGAGGUGACGUCACAGAAGAUGAGACCAUCAGGUUUAAGUCCUACUUGCUGAGUAUGGGAAUAGCCAACCCAGUUACCAGGGAAACCUAUGGCUCAGGCACACAGUACCACAUGCAGCUAGCCAAACAACUGGCUGGAAUAUUGCAGGCACCGUUAGAGGAGCGUGGGGGAAUAAUGUCCCUCACGGAGGUGUACUGUUUAGUGAACCGAGCUCGGGGA